GGUGGAGGCGCGGAUUGGAUUGGUUCAACAAUUUUCGAUCUUCAUUCGGCAGCUUUGAAGCUCUUGGUUUGAGCUGAAGUGCGAUAUUGAGUUCAUUUGUUAAGUGCGCAGCUUUCAGUGUGAUGUGUGUAUGUACGGAUGAUGAACUUGGAGCUGUACCGGCUUGCUGGCACUCAGCAGUCCGUUCAACUCUUGGUUGCAGAUUCUUGGGGAGUCGAGUCGAUUAAGUAUUAGUCCUUUGAGCAGGAUAUGGGCAUAUACCUCAGCUCUCCGAAAACUGACAAGUUCUCAGAAGAUGGUGGGAAUGACAGGCUUUCUUAUGGGCUGUCCUCCAUGCAAGGGUGGCGCGCAACCAUGGAAGAUGCACAUGCAGCUUAUCCAGAUCUUGAUGAUUCCACGUCUUUCUUUGGAGUCUAUGAUGGUCAUGGAGGCAAAGCAGUUGCUAAGUUUUGUGCGAAGUAUCUCCAUCAGCAGGUACUCAAGCAUGAAGCUUAUGCUGCUGGAGAUUUGAGCACUCCUGCACGGAGAGCUUUUCUCAGAAUGGAUGAAAUGAUGCGUGGGCAAAGAGGGUGGAGGGAAUUGGCAAUAUUGGGAGAUAAGAUAGACAAGUUUUCUGGAAUGAUAGAAGGAUUCAUUUGGUCUCCCAGGAGCACUGACACCAAUGAGCAGACUGGUGAUUGGCGCUCCGAAGAGGGGCCUCACUCUGAUUUUCCUGGACCCACUUGUGGAAGCACUGCUUGUGUCGUGAUCAUUCGAGACAAACAAUUGACUGUAGUAAAUGCUGGCGAUUCUCGUUGCGUGCUAUCUCGGAAGGGUCUGGCAUGCAAUUUGUCUAAAGAUCACAAGCCUGACCUUGAGAUUGAGAGAGAGAGAAUUCUUCAAGCUGGGGGUUUCAUUCAAGUUGGACGGGUCAAUGGAAGUUUGAACCUAACAAGAGCUAUUGGAGAUGUGGAAUUCAAGCAGAACAAAUCACUCCCAGCUGAAAGGCAGAUUGUAACUGCAAAUCCUGACAUAACUACCUUUGAGCUCUGCGAAGAUGAUGAGUUCCUUGUAAUAGCAUGCGACGGAAUAUGGGAUUGCAUGUCAAGCCAGCAGCUGGUGGACUAUGUUAGGGAACAGUUACAUACGGAAAGCAAACUUUUAGCUAUCUGCGAGAGAGUCUUCCAGAGAUGUUUGGCACCCUCUGCUGGCGGCGAAGGAUGCGACAACAUGACCAUGAUUCUAGUUCAGUUUAAAAAGUCCUCUCCAUCCAGUAGUUCUGAUGGAAGUGCAAUCUGCGGCGUCCGAUCAACUCUCUGAGCCGGUCAUGUGUUUGGAAGAGUCGGAAGUGAAUGUCCGAGCCCUUUAACAAAUGGAAGGCCCACCUAUCCCAGAGGGUCUAGGAGAACAUGGUUUUAGAUCCGACACCUUCAGGUAGAGAACUCCGGCACUUUUCUCGUAAACCAGUUUCUUCUUUUCUCGAGUAAGGGUUGACGAGCAUGUGCGAGAAGCCCUGCUGCGGAUGCAUCUCCUUCAUGCAUCACUAUAAGAG